GCACUGGUGUUGAGGGCAGGUCGGACUCUGGCCAGCAGCAAUAUGAACAGUGUGGCAAAGCGAAUGGCAGCCAGGCAGGGGGCAAAAUCAGGUUAAAUCGACUCCCGACGAGAGCGUGGAAGCGAAGAGAAGCCCGGAGGCGCGAUCAGCAGGCAAGCGGGCAAGCAGGAAGCAAGCAUGAUGCGCCAAAGCAACAUGGGGGUCUGGGAUGUGGAUCUUUGCAUACAAGCGGGAACACACGCUGCUCAUGUGCUUCCUAUUCCUUCCCCUGUGGUUUUUGUCCAUCACCGUGCCCAAUCCAGGACACAUAUGCAUGAGGGUGCUAGCAUGGCCUGCCUGUCGAGGGAAAAAGAGGUGUGCAUCGGCAAUGUGCAAGUAGGCCCAAGGCCGGAGCAGCAUAUCCGCGCUGGGCCUAGCGAACAAUUCCCCCAGCGGUGGCAUAGCCUCUGGGCAAAGAGCAGGCGGAGUGGUGGUCAUUUGAGUCACUGGCGCACUUUGGCGCACUUCGCCUCACUGGCCAUUGUGCAGCACAGCACGGCCAUGCCCAAAAGGGGCAGCCUGUGUUAUUACAAAGUAGUUUGCCUAUUGGGCGAAGGCGCCCACUGGUGUAAAGUCCGUCGCAGUCGACUGACCACAGAGAGGGGCAAAAGAGGGGGAGGUUGAUGCAAGGCGCCAAGGCUCAGGGCAAAUCUGCAUUGGUGGAUAGACAGCGAAUAUUUUUUGUCCAUUGCGAUGACGACGACGCUCCAAAUAUCAGAAAGCAAGCGCGCUGGAAAGGAUUUGCAGGCUGUUUGGACGCUUUUGGCAACAAGAACGCAUGUGACAGCGCGCUCUUGGAACAAGGAGCAUAUAAUUCCCGCCAGGCAGCAAAAAGAAAG